ACACACACAAUGCAUAUUAUUUUCACAUUUGUCUCACUUUAUUGUUCUAAAUAUUAUUUAUACUGCCUGUUUUUAGAUUUACACAUUGGAUAUAUUACUAUAAUUUAAAAUUUUAUAAAUUUUUGCGUGAGCUCUUUAUAUCUAUUUAAUAGUUUUGUUUUUAAAUCUAAAUUAAACGUUAUGGAAAUUUCGACGAACGGCACAGCUUGUACUAAAGAGAAUCCAUACAUUCCAAUAGGCAAUAUGUUCGGAUUACACGUGCCUACACUUCCAGCAGUCAGAGACGUUCUGCAAGAGGGAAUGUCACUCUUUUUCCGUGAAUUGAAGAUUGACAUAGCUGCUUGUCCUUGUCUGACCAAACCACCAUAUAAUCUUGCAGGAAUGGGAUUAUGUGGAAAUCCGUCAUUAAUACAAAUUGGUGGACUUCCGAAAUUUAUGACAAAUCCGCAUCAGAACAUUAAUACCGCACAGUGGAAUAUUCGAGAAGUGUUAUCGGACACCUGCAACGAUUCGUUUAUCAUCGGAGCUGGUUACGCUGCAAAGCCGUAUAUGCCUUUCAACGGACAUCUUAUUAUGAACGCUAUGUACAGAGCACCUGCGAAUAUUACGAAUGCGAGUCACAUUGUUUUCGCAGAUACAAGUCGCGGAUAUUUCAGGACAGAAAAGAUAAAUAAUCCCAGUCAAAUGAUAUGUUCUUUUAUGGGUGAUUUUUUUGUCAGCGAAGGCAGGCAGGGCAAUGUUCUCAGAGUACGCGCCAAAAAUGCAAUUGACAAAAGAUAUAACAUCAUAUCAAUAAUGCAAGCCAUACUCUGUAAACAUUACUUUGUGGAAAGGAAUUGUCGUGUUGCAUUAGGUGGCAUCCUUAAGAUGAGGCAGGGACGAGUAGCGCACAGCAUUAUGCCAGAAAAAUAUCCGGAGAGGAUUGUAUCAGUUGAUAACUUUGAUACAUGGUUUCAGCGUUACGAUGUAGCUCUUAAAUCAGAUCUGGUAGCUGUUGGUACAUUAGUAAAUAUUCCAAAUCCUCGUUACAGAAUGGAGUAUAAAGGUUUGCCGUUAUUAAUAAGUCGUUAUCAAUUCCAUAGUUAUUCCGAUUUUGGUAUUGGCGGACAAUUUAUGGGUGAAAUUGAUGGUUUUACCGCAGAAGAUAUGGUAGAGUAUGAAGGAUAUUUCAAUUUAGCGACAAAUGUUUAUUACAAAGAUUUUUGCGAAUAAACAUCUCUCUAUUUUUUUAUAAAAAAUUAGUUUCGUAUACGCUUUUAUAUGUAAAUAAAAUUUUUCAAAUAUUGUCUGCUGUAUAUUAGUAUGAUAAAGAUGUAUUAUUAGAUUAUAAUAUCUUAUAAGUAUAAGAUAUAAUGUAAGAUUUAAUAUCUCAUAUCUUCUUGAUUUAUUUUUAUAUAAUUUGAGAUAGUUUAAAGUUCUUGAACUUCGAGAAAUGUUCUAGUAAUUAAGUAUCAAAAAUAAAAAUUUAAAGAUAUAAAUCUUACUGUAAUUUCCAUUCUAAAACGGAAAUUAAUAACAAUUUAAUUACUUCGUGCUAGCACAAUUUAAAUAUUUUUAGAUAUAAAAAGGACGAGAAUUUAUUUAGCACAUAAAGUUCUGAAAUAAAAAUAUAGGAAACGAUAAGGUCGGAAGGAAUAUAAGCAAAAAAAAAACCAAAAGAUUCCAUAAUUUUUUUAUCUACAUAUUUUAUAAUA